CACAUGUUUAGUUCCGGUUUUGUCCCUGUGAUAUUUACGAUGCGGGAAAAUGAUUUGAACCUGGCAGUGAAUAUUUCCCGAUUAUUGAGGACGGCUAUUCCGGCGCCUGGUUUGCUUUCACUGUUUGUUGGAUGCAUCCCGAUUUUUGAGCUCGAAGAAUCAGCCGGAUUUUUUGCACUGCCAAAAUUAAAAUCUUAAACAUGAAGAGUCCAGACAUUGCGAACUGUCACAGUUCUCAUCCGGUGAGACGACGCAGUGCGAGAAUUGCAAUGGCGAAAGAGGAAGCUGUGAAAAGUGCUGGAGAUGCAUUGUCAGCGGAGGAUGAACUCGAUGAUAUUCCACUUAUGAGGCGAAUGGAGAUGGUUCAGGACGUGCAGAAGCCGGAUAAGGGUGGUUUGCUUGACGGUCGAAUUAAUACUUACUGCAACGUCAAUGAAGUGGCUAGGAAUAUCAGAUCGAAACUAAGUGACGAUGAGUUGAAAAGGUUUAGGACUUCAGCAUUUGGUGUUAUUUUGGAUGUGUUAGAUUGCCCAUGGAUUAGCGGGCAGUUGCUAAUUCAUUUGGUUGGUAGUACUGUGAGGCCGGCGGAUGGCGGUGGGAGUAAGGACGUGUUAAAAUUUCGACUCCUUGAGCGUGAAGUUGUCUUGACAAAGGCGCAGUUUCACUUGAUUACUGGGUUAAAAAUGGGUGGAUUUCGGGGGCGAAUGGACAAUGGGGCGUGUGGUAGGUUUGCAUCAAGGUAUUUCCCCUCUAGCAAAUCGGUUAAGCGAAGAGACAUUUCCAAAGCAUUCAUUAGCUUUAAUAGGGAUGCAGAGGGGACAAUGCCCAAUGAUGCUCUUAAGAUGGCUUUGCUUUAUGCACUGGCGAACUCAUUUCUUGGUAACCAGCCAUCUGUUAAUUUGCCGAUGUGUUAUCUGAACUUGGUUGAUGAUAUUGACGAGUUCGAUAAUUACCCAUGGGGGGAUGAUGUCUGGUCCGAGUUAGUAGAUCAUGUGUAUAGAUGUGCUAUUUGUAUUGAAAAGGGUGGUAGCAGUAGGCCGACAUUUGGAGGCUACAUGUUUGCAUUACAAGUGUGGGCGUUUGAGACGUUCCCAGCGUUGGAAGAGGCUGGGAUGUGUGAGAUAGAACAUGGAAGGGUGAAUUCAAUACCCCGAUGUUUGAGGUGGAAGGUCAGUGGGAAAUUCAACGCUGCAAAAGUAUCUGAAGCACUGUUUAAGUCUGGGAAGGUUGUAGUGAAAGAAGUUGAGCCAACAGCCGCAGAGAUGUUGUUGAAGAGUGUUAAAGAGCUUUUCCAGGUUAGAAACACUUCUUCGGUGAAGGGUAAGCGGAAGUUGUCGCUGAGUGCUACGAAACGGGUUCGGAAUGUGAAGGAGAAGCAGUUGGCCAGGGUAAAGAAGGUUGAGUGCGGCAGUGUGAAAAAAGUUGAUAAUGUGGUGGGUCGUAGAGGCAAGAAGGAUUGUGUGACAACAAAGGGUUGUGAUCACAUGAAUAUUGUUGAGGAGAUUAGACAGAUAAAGGAGAAACAAGUGGUGCAAGACAGUAAGCUGGAUGAGAUAUUAGGCAUUCUGAAACAGAGAAACGUAUCUGUUGAAGCUGGUUCAGCAUCAGGAAAAGGUUCAUUGAUGGGAGGCAAUGAUGAAGUUAAGGUCCAAGAGGCAGUACCUUCUAGAGCGGGGAAUACACAUGGUGUAAUUAACAAUGGGGAUGAUCUAGAGCUGAGAUUUGAUGCUGGUGGUCCAUCGUUUGAUCUUCUGACACAAAUGCCAAAAGAAGCUGCGAUUGGUGAUGAAGUGGCAUACGAUGAAACUGGUAAUGUAUCGUUGGCAGAAGAUCGUGAUGAUGCGAAGCAGGGGAAGUGUUUGGAUAUCCCCUACACUGAGACACAAUACGAUCUUCAUGAACUAGAUCGUAUUGAGAGAGAAGCCCGAAGUGGUUCAAGUGGGUCAACCAAAGUCAAACUGGGACAUCAUGUCAAUGAAGGAGCACGGAAAGUGAGCAUGGAUGAUGAUGAUUUCGACCGAAUCUUCAUAGGCAGCCGGUUGGGCAGUGGGGAGCAGGAAGUGAAGGGUGGUGAAGACCCCGUGGUGGCGUUUUCUGCACCCUCAAAUUCCAACAGUGCAUGCGUUGAGAUUGAUCGCCCCAAAAGGGUUCAUAAAAGUCCUGAAAGGUAUACUCCCUCGGAGGCCGAGCAAGACAAGAAGAGGCGGAAGCUUGAACGAUUGGAGCGUGCUAGGCAACGUCAUGACUGUGAUAGGGCAGGUGUGAUCUAUGGCCCAUUUUCAAAAGACCCGAAGGAGAUGCCUGACUUGGAUGAGAUAGAGAAGGUCAGAACAUUUUUGAAUGAAGGCUUUUUAAAGAGGCGUGGACGGGGGAACAGGACAUGUAGGUAUACGAGCAAGGUGGAUAACAUGUCCAAAGAUCCCAUUGUGCUAGAUGGGUUUACGGUGGAUAGGAAGACAUGGCUAUAUGAGCUGUUUACAAACACUGAAUGGUUAAGCAGCACGGGCAGGCAGUAUGAACUUUUGCAAAUGUACACGACAACAAGCCCUUAUUUCUUACAAGGGUUGUAUACGCAUCAAGAAAUGGUGAAUGUUGGGAAGGCCAGGAAGGAGGCGGUCUUGGAUAAUCUGAAUCUAACAAGUGAGGUUAAGGGAUUGGCAAGAGAAUAUUCUAGGCCAUGGGCUGAGUGUGAUUUUGUGUACAUGCCCUUAAAUACAGGUAAUCACUGGGUAUUGCUGGUCCUUGAAGUUGAAGGAAGGACAAUAAGGGUGUAUGAUUCGAAAGGGAAAAGGGGAAAAGUUUGCCGGUCAUUGAAUGGAUAUGGGCAGUGUGUCACAGAAUUGCUGCCGGUCCUACUUGAUUUAUUGGGUGUGUAUGACGAGCACGCUGAUGGGCCGAUGGGGAAUAAGAAGUUCUCUAUCAAUAUCAUUGACGGAUGUCCCCAACAAGAUGACGGGUGCAACUGUGGGAUGUUCAUGUUGAAGUUUGCCGAGUACUUAAUGAUGGACCGACACAUUUCUGAGGUGCAAUCCCGCGAUAUGGAGGCGUACCGUGUGAAGAUGACUACGGAGCUCAUUGUGUACAGUAAUGAGCGAAAAGAGCAAGCGAAAGACACGUAGUCAUCACAUGAUUUUAUUUGUUGGCGUGUAGUUGGCAGUGGACAUGGUUUUUAAG